CUCAGAUGACGUCAGACUCGGAGGACGCUACACAGGAAGGGAGAGUCAAGAUGGCGUCUGGUUCAGAGCACGGACUAAAGAGAAUAGUUUGGCAAAAACUAAAGGAUACUAUCAUUGCUGAUUGCAGAAAGGCCGAUAUAUGGAAGAUUCUGAUUCUGGACCCCUUCACCACCAAACUGGUGUCGUCAUGUUGCAAAAUGUCAGACCUAAUGGCGGAGGGAAUAACAAUUGUAGAGGAUCUGUACAAAAGCAGAGAGCCCGUUCCAGAAAUGAAGGCCAUCUACUUUAUGUCACCAACCUCAAAGUGCGUGGAUGCAUUUAUUGCAGAUUUCAAGCUGAAGCCCAAGUAUAAAGCGGCAUAUGUAUAUUUCACUGACUAUUGCCCUGAUGAUCUCUUCAACAACAUGAAGCUGUACUGUGCUAAGUACAUUCGUGUGGUGAAAGAAAUCAACAUGUCCUUUCUGCCCUACGAAGCUCAAGUGUUCACUUGUGACAAUCCUGGGGCUUUCCGGAGUAUCUACAGUCCCCACAGUCAGUCAGGACAAAGGAAGACCCACCUGGGAGACCAGUGCAAGACAGAAAUCGUCAAUCUGUGCCCACACUGGGAGAAGACCCGGAAGGGUUCCGAUAAUAAGAAGGAAAGCAACAUGGAGAACACUAAGGCCUUGGCAGAGUUAGUGGACAACAAGCUGGCCGCGCACUAUGAGCUGGAGGAACCUGGCAAGAAGAAGGAGAAGACCCAAGCCCAGGUGCUGAUAGUGGAGCGAGGCUUCGACCCAGUCAGUCCCAUCCUCCACGAGCUCACCUACCAGGCCAUGGCCUACGAUCUCAUUGACAUUCAAAAUGAGACCUACAAGGCACCGCUGCUGUCCUUCAUUGCAGGUCUUCCCGUCGUCCAGGUACAAGUCCUAAAGACGGAUCCGGAGAAAGGAGGCCUCGGCUUGAACGAGGACGCACCCCGUUUGGCCCUAGGGGUCCUGUUUGAUCCGAGCUCAGGACCCUGCUGCCCGUUCCUGGCUGCUCCAACCACAGCAGCGCACGAUAAGAUCCGGGCCGUGCUGCUCUACAUCUUCAGCCUCAGCGGAACAACAGAAGAGAACCUGAACAAACUCAUCCAGAAUGUGAAGAUAGAGCAUGACAGGGAGUUCAUCUUGAACUGGAAGGAGCUGGGGGUCAACAUCAUCUCGGCGCCAAGUUUGUUCUCGCGUAAGCCGAGCCGUCGCGAGCGCCCAGAGGAGACGUACAACCUUUCGCGGUGGACCCCCGUCAUCAAGGACGUGAUGGAGGACGCUGUAGAGAACAAGCUGGACACCAAAGAAUGGCCACACCAGUCAGAGUGUCCUGCCGCCUGGAAUGGAUCUGGCGCAGUCAGCGCCCGUCAGAAGCAGAAGACCAGCACCCUGGACGACAGGCGAGGCGGGGCGCGCCUCAUCGUCUUCGUCAUCGGCGGCGUGUGCUACUCGGAGACCCGCUGUGCCUACCAGGUCAGCCAGGCGGUCAAGUCCUGCCAGGUCAUCAUCGGCUCCUCCCACAUCCUGACCCCCACCGCCCUGCUGGAGGACAUCAAGGCCCUCAGCAAGGGGCCCAUGGAGACCUUCACCAUCUGUGAGAACCACGCCUGAGGAGAGCGUCCAGCCGCCGGCGCCGCCUCUCUGUUCGUGCCUCCAGAAGUGUUCCGAUGUUCCAGAUGUUCUGUGACAGAGGACCUCUGAGACGCUGCAGCCCUGAGCUAAUGUACAUAAGUGAGCACUGAUGCGUAGCGACACCCUGCUAGACCUUUAAUGUUUAUAAAACUAAUCAGAUUAUAUUACUAUCGCCAUCAUUUUGUAUCUAGAAAUGAUUUACUUUUUAUUUACUUUUCUUUAAUAAUUGAACCGCUGACAAACCGCUAAUACAACUAAUGAAGUGUUCAAAAAGGUAUUAUACAAUUCCUAUAAAUUACUGAGGAUGAUGCGAUGGUGCUGUUGGCAGGGUAAAGUCGUGUUUUAUAUCGAAGGUGGGUUGAAUGGAAGGAACGCAGGCCGAAUGGAGGAAGAAUGCUUCAAUUUAAUUCAACAAUGUGUAUCAUUAAAUUAUAUACGAAACGAUGUCGUAAGUCAUUUCAUUUGCAUGAGGCAGGAAAAUGGGGAUAUACCUAUGUCCCCAGGUUCAUAUGGGACAUGUCAAAGGGUCGUGUGUUCCACACAUGUGCUCUCCUUGGUCCUCUGUUCCCCAAAUAUACAUAGCACUCAUUUUUCAUAUAGAGUGGUGAACAUCGCAUGUCUGCAGUUCCAAUGCCAGGACGUACUGAAAUGGAUCCAAAAAAAGGCCACAUCCUUAUCGCUGUGUUCGAAGACAGGAGGAAGAGGGUCAAGUGACAACACCACAGGUGGUCGCCCUCCAGUGGCUCCAUAGAGGCGUGCUCACACUCCAUGACCCACUCUCACUUUCAGUGAGGGAAGAACCCUUCACCAUCACACCGAGAUCCAGCACCACACUUAAAUCGCCUUAUAAUACCAACAAACGUACGUUCUCGGCAUUAAAACGUAGGCCGAGCUCAGGAGGUAGAGCGGGUUGGCUGGUGACCAGAAGGUUGCUGGUUCGAUCCCUGCUCCUGACGAGCAGGCUAUCGCCCUUCGUGGUUGACUCC